CUGGAUGCAGACAACUAGUUAUAUAGACCAUUGGUCUGUUCCAGUACAAUAAAUCCAAUGCUUUUACAAUGCUGAGUUAAAUUAAAUACAUUCUCAGAAAUAGAAAGCAACACGAAGCCAGAUUUUUUUUCUUGGUUUUGUGUUGCUUAGUUGAGAGUUCCUAAGAAUAAAGCUUUAAAAGUGGUUCCACCCUUUUCUCAGAAACAAGCUCAGCUGUAUAGAGAAAGACUCAGAGCCAGGAUCUUAUCUCACUUCUGCAGUGCACGUCCAGAAUACCUCCACUGAGGUCAGAUCCUCCAACCCAGCAUCUGCCUCCUAACCAGGACCAAUAAGCAGGAGCUUCUUUCUGAAACUUUCUGGAGAGGAUCCAUCAGGCAGUGAUGGAGUUAACAGGGCUGUGCAAGAUGGUUUUCUGAUCCUAGGAUUACAGCAUCGUUUUUGAGGGUAUGAAAAGGAGCCACCUAUGCUCAAGUGAAUGUAUCAUGUGGACUUUUCUGGCCUGGCUUACAACUCAAGCUCUCCACUGAAGAUGGAUGAUUUAGCUUUACUUGACCUGUUGGAGUGUCCUGUGUGCUUUGAAAAGCUAGAUGUCACAGCCAAGGUGCUACCAUGCCAGCACACCUUCUGCAAGCCUUGUCUGCAGAGAAUACUGAAAUCCCAGAAGGAGCUGAGAUGCCCAGAAUGCAGAACUCUCGUCUCCUGCAGUAUUGAAGAGUUACCGUCCAACUUGCUUCUAAUUCGCUUACUGGAUGGUGUCAGAUGUGGACAAAAUGUUAUGAGAUUUGGUUCACUCCAAAGAUCUGGGGUCCUGUCCUCUCCUGCCUCCAUCAGGAGAGUCCCAAGAGGUUUACAACUUAAUCAAUACAGGCUGGCACCAACUCCCAGGAUCCAUAUGGAAGGGGUUCCACGGGCCAAAGCCUUAUAUUCCUACAGGGGACACAACCCUGGUGAACUGCGGUUCAAUAAAGGAGAUAUCAUCAUGUUGCUCCGCCAGCUGGAUGAAGACUGGUACCUAGGAGAGAUCAACGGAGUCAGUGGAGUUUUCCCAACCAGUUCUGUGCAAGUUAUCAAGCACCUGCCACUGCCACCACCCCUCUGCAGAGCACUUUACAACUUUGAUAUGAGAGACAGGAAUAAAAGUGAAAAUAAGGACUGCCUAACUUUUCAUAAGGGUGAUAUCAUCACAGUGAUCAGCAAAGUUGAUGAGAACUGGGCUGAGGGCAAGUUAGGUGACAAAGUAGGGAUCUUCCCCAUCUUGUUUGUGGAGUCGAACACUACUGCAAGACAACUCCUACAGACAAGUAAAAGCCACCCAUCUUCCCAGUUUAAAUGUGCUUCGCCCUUAAGAAUGUCCUCUCCCAAAGCAAGAGUCAAAGAGUCCCCAACUUUCCGCAAGGUAUCAGAAUCCAGGAGGAAAAGUCUGAGACAAUUCUCUAUCACAACUGCCUUAAACACACUCAACAGGAUUGUCCAUUCACCCACCGACCGGCAGACUCUAGAAAUCAGCUCACCAGUGCUCAUCAGUUCCAGUAAUCCAACAGUGAUAACCCAGAGCAGCGAGAAAAUGGAAUUCCCUUAUGGCACCCCAGUGCAAGUCAGCGCUUCUUAUUAUACUGCACCGGGAUCCCUGGGGCACUCAACAGCUAUCGUCACGCUUCCCCAUUUGCAGCAGCACAUCUCUGCUAAUAUGUGUGUUGCCCUCCAUUCCUACAUAGCUCAUGGACCAGAUGAGCUGGAGCUGCAGAAGGGAGAAGGAGUUCGUGUUUUGGGGAAGUACUAUGAUGGUUGGCUGCGAGGAAUGUCACUCGUCACAGGAAGGGUUGGGAUCUUCCCCAGCAAUUACGUCGCCCCCCUUUUCAGGAAGUCAUCCAACAUCUCAGAUUCAAGGAUACCUUCAUUGUAUGCCAGCUGGACGUUAUCCACAUCCUCCCUUUCCUCCCAAGGAAGCAUCUCAGAGAAUGGGCCAAGGCAAAGCAGACCUUUGAAGUCUGCUUUGAUGCCAACACCCAUGACCUCACCAGCAAGGAACAUGGCUAUGCCAGGCACUCCAGGACAAUCGUCCCUGAGGCGAGGACGUGGCAACACUAGGAAAAAUGGAUCAUUGCAGAGGCCUGUGCAGCCAGGCACUCCUGUUCACAUUGCCGGCUCCCUCCGGCGUGCUUCAGUUGCUGCUGUGCGACCUCAGGCAUUUCAACUGUAUCUACCACAAGGCACCUUGACUGGAGCUGCCAUGGCUGAAGCUGGAGCAAGGCUGAAUUCUUCCCAUGAUGCUUCAUCAGUACUUGUGGCCAGGGGCACUGAAAGCCAAGCUCCUUCUGCAUGUAGCUCAGUGAUCCUGGAUGCCAAAGACUCUCCAGCAAAAAGUGAGCCUCCAAAGCCACCUGCAUCAGCUCCUCCCUCCAUUUUGGUGAAACCAGAGACCUCCCGGAACAACUCAGAAAAGCAAGUGAAAACAGUGAGAUUUCAGAACUACAGCCCACCUCCAUCCAAGAGGCACAGCUCGCAGUCAUCCCCAAGUCUCCCUCGUAGCAAAAUGGAGCAGAGAGCAGCUGCAGAGGCAGCCCAACCGGAAGCAAACCUGAUGGGCCCCGACACAACAGCUCUCUACUCACACAGAAUCAGUUCCAGCCCUGUGCACCAGAGGAGGACGCUGCACCCAAAGACGUCAUCACUAGAUCUUUCUAUCCAGGCAGGACAACUGACCUUCCCAACCAAAAAGAACUACAGCAGCUUUUCUGAGAACUGAAAGGUUCAUUUCCUUUUAUUACACCCCCUUUUCCAGUGGGCUUUUUUUUCUCUGUUCUGUGAGAAAAGCAUCUCUCAGACCCAACACCAGCUUGCUUGCUGCCCUUUCCCCUUACAGGGACCAUAGGUCCAAUCAGGUACUUAUACUUGUGUUCCCCGCAAGAGCAAAACUUGUAAGGCACUCCCAACACUGCAGCUCCAAGGGACCCAAGGAGUUGCAAGGAUGGGGUCAACACCCUUCUCCAGUUUUAUGGUAUAGUCCCAUUUUCAACACAUUUGAUUUGCAUCCCUCCAACUGUCUCUACAAACUAUGGCAAUGGAUAAGUAUCCCCAACACAAUGAGUGAUACAACAGAAGCCUGCACUGCCACAGUGGGUGAGUGCAAGAUCCAAACGUAGAGAUUGCAACCCCCUCAAAACCAAUGCUCCCAGGCAGUGCUGUAGCAAGGGGAGGAAGGGGACGAGCAGGGUGACCGCCCUGGGUGCCAAAGAAAAGGGGCACCAACAGCCAGGGUGGGGUGCAGGAUGGAGCUGCGAGUGGUUUGUUUGGGAGAGGGCACAGGACAGGGGAAGGGUGGCUCCCACCACUGCGUGCACUCCCAGGCAAACAUGGGGGGACAUGUGCCCCCCGGAUCUGUGUGCAGGGGGAGGGUAGGUUGCCACUGCGGGCUUUGCCCCAGGCACCAAACUUCAUUGCUGUGGCACUGCUCUCUGGUGUCCCUUCCAGUAUUUUGCAGCCAGCCUUACAGAGGUGUAGAAGAGGGAAGAUGUAUUUGCACACAUCAGAAAGAAUUAAACCAGCUUUGGCUUCCUCUCUCCUACAUGGAAGCCCACAGAGACCAAGAUGCUGGUUCAUUAGCUUUCCCACUUCUACAGGAUAAAGAAACAUAAAUCAAAAUCAGUCAGUUCCUGGCUGAAUUUUCAAGUUCCCCUUCUAUGGGUUUUUCCUUCAGUUUCUUGAGUCUGGGAGUGAGCUCGUAUUCUAAUUUGAGAGGUAGUUAUUUAGAAAGAUAAUUCACCCUAGAACCAAAACUAAACUACAGCUGUUUAUGACAGUCACAGAGUCUUUGCAGCUAUGUGCUUUGGAUCUUACUUCUGCUAGUUGAUUGGUUUCCUGCAAUUACUUGACAGUAUAGGCACUACCUCCUAGAUGCCUGCAGUUCAACUGCAGUGCUUUUCCUCCAUUCAUAUAAUUAGUGGGGGUUUUGUAAGUAUCCUAAAUGGAUUUUUAAGAGCUAGGUCUAUAUUAAGGUGCAUGAAGCAUUUAUCUAAAUAAGAGGAAAGAUAGUUGUGUAUCUAUUGUGACAUAAACUGUUCCUUCCUCCUACAACACCCAUAAGUAUCUCCUACCUUCAGCUGACCUCCCUUUGGCUAUGAAGCUUCAGAAAGAAUCAACAAAAUUGGAAAGUCACAUUAGGGUCUUCCAGCUGUGACUGCUGUUUAGCAAAGUGGCACACAAUGGGUUUGACUGUUUGUGCUUUGUUUCUAGGGCUGGUGCAAAGACCACCAAUUCCCAUUCUAGCCAGAGCAAGGGACCAUUAGAUCUCAUAACAACGGCUGCUGUGCUGAUUCAAAGACUGUUGUAAACUAACAUCCUUGGCUGAUUGCACACAAAACCCAUUAAAUUAACUCCGUACGUCAUUUCUGGAGCACUGGGACAGCCUCUGAGAAGGAGGUUUCAUUUGAAAUUAAGGAAGGGGAACGGAUGGGCCCAUCUGUUAGUCUACAACAUCUUUUUUGUUGUUUUUACAUAAAAAAAAAAAUUCUGUAACAGCUCAGUGGUCAUUUAGGAUUUGUGUUUUGAUUGGCCUUGGUAUGAUAAUUGUGAACUGUAAUCCAACUUCAAUUCUUCUCCUUCACAUCCACAUGCUCCUGGUGCAUGGACUAUUGGAAAAUCUCCUUUAGCAGUUAUAAAUAGGAUCUAUAUGACACAGUUUGACUCCAACUAGCCAUGAUAUAGGGCUCUAUCAUUUAUUUUAAUUAUCAGAGGGACAGAAUAAGAAGGACGUAUCUGACUGCCCACUUUUUCCCCACCCAACCUUUCUCCCUUACCUGAGCACAACAUCCCCAAAGGGUAGAAAUGCAUCUCUAGAGUCUAGAACUGCUCAGAAGUGUUGGGGUCCCUGAUCUUUUCAUGGAUUCAGAGGGCACAAUAAUUUUAAUCUAGUUGUGGAUUAAAACAGAUGUGACCCCCCACAGAUGAAAAUUUGGAUAUAAAACAAGCAAUAACAAGGAGAGGGAAAAAAAAGAUGAUUUGCCCAAAAUUCUGAACCCUGAUGCCAGAAAUGCUAAAUAAAAAUAUUGCUUGGAGGAAUGUUAGAGUAAGAGAAAACCCAAAUGACACAGGAAUUUCCCUCAUAGUAGCCAGUAUUAGAUGCUUCAGAAGAUGCAGCAAGAAACCCCACAGUGAUCAGGGAUGAGAUAAUCUGACCCCCAUGAGGGUCUACUCCUCAUACUUAAUAAACUGAGAUGAGUCUAAGACCUGAAACAUGAGGUUCUACUUGCUUUCCAGCAUUCAGUUAAUGUUAGCUGUUGGGUUUUUUGGGUUUGUUUUUUUUUGGGGGGGGGG